GUUCAAGCAUGAAAGGCAUAAACCGAAAAAAUUCUGCCAGCAGCAAAAGCUUGAAAGAACGUGCUGAAAAAUAUAAAAAACCAAAGUUAAAUAAUUCCGAUUUUCAGCAUGUCGUUUAUGUGUCCUGGAAAAGGGGUAAACACAAUCUGGGCUCCCUAAUUAAAGGUCGUUAUUUUGUGGAAGCCCCGGUUGGCCAUAAAGAAGCCUGGCUGGGCUGGGAUAUAAGAAAAAAGCGCGCUUGUCUCAUAAAACCUAAAAAUAUCGGCCCAUAUAAUAACACAUAUGCAAAUCCAAAGUCAGUUAAACCCAGCAAGAAGCACAAAGUUAAAAAUCCCAAUUUGGCCAAGGUCGAGUUGGAAGACGCCAAAAGUCUAGUAAAUCCCGAGCCCAAGGGGAAAUUGAGCAAUUGUCAAACUGAUCUGUCGACAAAGGGUGAGCUGGAUAAUUUUCGAAAGCCAAUUCCCAAGACAGUCGAAAGCAGGACAUACUUAGCUGGCGCCGCCCAAAUUGUAAACAACCCAUGCAAUAGUUGGCCCAAGCCGACUGUGAACGAAAAGCCAAAAAGUGAAUGGGGAAUCCUUAACCCAGCGGAUCGAAGUGAUGUCUGCAAGAUGCAGAAGCCCGAAAGUUGGGACGUGACUCAGGGGGGCUUCAAUAUCCUGCCCCCUCCGCGUGCUGCUGCUGCUGCUGCUGCGUCCAAAGCCAAGUCUAAGAUGCAGAAAAGUGAAAGCUGGGAUGUCACAGGCGGCGGCAUCAAUAUUUUGCCAGUGCGCCAGAGCUUGGUCAAGGCCAAGGUUAACGCAAUCCCAGCUGCGAUGUCUGCGGAAGGUCAAGCUGGAUUGGCCAGAAUUCCGAGCAGCGAGAGCUGGGAUGUUACGCAAGGUGGGCUCAAGAUUCUGCCCAUGCCACGCGGCGUUGCGCCCAAGCCAAAUGUGAGCGAGACGCCAAAUUGGGACAUUUCGGAAAGUGAAAGCGAAUGCUCGCCAAGUCAUUAUGGUGGCAAAAUGUUGCCAGUUCCGUUCAGCGAGAUGCGCGGUCCGCAGGAAACGCCACGUUACGAGGUGAGCCUGGAGGAGACCGAAAAUGCAGGCGUUACUCCCAGUGAAAAUGUGCAGGAUACUGGUGCGCGCAUUUGUCCAAUUCCCCCAAGUGAGACUCCACGUUGGGCCAUCGUCCAGAGCACACGCGAGAAGUUGCCCAAUGAAUCGUAUCGUUCGCCCAUGGUCAGCGAUCUGCCCAGCUGGUAUAUGACCAAGCACGGCAAGAAGAGUGCCACCGUGCGAAUCGGCGACUUGCUGCACGAACGUUAUUAUAUUCUGAGCAUCAUAACGAUCAGCCAUCUGGCCUCCGUUUGGCUCUGCUGGGAUUUGAGGAGCAAGUGCAAUGUGGUCAUGAAAAUGGCGGACACAACCAGGAUGAGUGUCCAGUUGAUUUACGGCGAGAUAAAUACGAUUAAAUCCCUGCAUGCAUAUCAACCGAAGGAUCCGCGCCUCGACAAUAUUGUACGCGCUUUGGAUGGCUUUCAGCUGACCAGAUCGCGUACCGCACAGCCCUGCCUGAUCCUCGAGGCCAUGGACACAAAUCUGGCCAAAUAUGCUGAGCAUUAUGUUGGAUCUGUCAUACCGCUGGAGGUGCUCAAGUGCAUUACACGCCGUGUUCUCUCCGGCCUGGAGUAUCUGCAUAGUGUCGGGGUCGUGCACGCGGACAUUAAGCCGGAGAACGUCCUGGUCACCGCCUGCAUGCUAAGCAAUUGCGAGAACUGUCCGGACAAGCGGAAAGUGUGCUCCAAGCUGCACAUAAAGAUUGCCGACUUUGCGAAUUCCUCGGGCAUGAACGGAUGCAUUGCGGGCGAGAUCCAAACGCGCGCCUAUCGCUGCCUGGAAUCGAUAUUGGGCUCGGAUUGUGGGACGCCCUCCGAUAUCUGGAGCGUUGCUUGCAUGGUCUUUGAGCUGGCCGUUGGCCGGUUUCUGUUUGCGCCCAAUUAUGACAAUACUAUUUCGCCCGAAGAGCAUCAUUUGGCUCGCAUCAUCGAGCUGCUGGGGCCCAUACCACAUCAGAUUGUCUUCCGGGGCCGCGAUGCAUUGCGCUAUUUCAAUCCGUACGGCAAGCUGCUCAACAGCAUCGACAUGGAGCCCAAGAGCCUGGUGGAAGUGCUGAUGGAGCACAAUUGGUGCCGGCUGAAUGCGAUGGUCUUCGCCUCCUUUCUGACGCCCAUGCUCGAAUACGAGCCGAAGAAACGAGUCACCGCCAGCAAGUGUCUGCAGCAUCCCUGGCUGAUCUAAAUGAAAGGGAAUUCCCGCGAAACCCAAAUGGAAUUAUAGCAUUGACAAUGGCCCGGGGAGUAGCUUUUGUUAGCUUCUCGCUGCUGCGUGUCAUUAUUUAAUGAACAUAUAAUAAAGGGUACGCUGGAGCGGGUAAUGUUGCCUUAUCUCUGGCUAAUCGAAAGCUCACCGCCGCCGGCUCUAAAACUAAACGCAAACACGGCACACGCAAACGGCGACAGCUCGUGUAUGUGUGUGUGUGU